UUACUUAUUUAUUGCCUUGAAGAUGUAUUCUUCCUGACUGUUGUUUUAUGUUUGCUUCCUCGAUUAGCGCCACCAUCUCUCUUUUUUUUGGGACCCCGGCCAGCAUCUCUUGUAGUUUCACUGCCAGGCAUAAUUCUUGUAAUAAAUCUAUUAUGCAAGGAAGCCCAUGAUUGAUGGACCCACUACCGAUGAACUCUGUGCCUGCAUUUUACGCAGAUUCUCGGGUACCAGUUUUGUACUCUGUUUCUUAUUGCUCAUGGCAAAUGCUGCUGACACAGGUACUCCUCUCUGGCGAAAUGGGCCACCAGACAAGCCAGUUCUCUGCAAUGCAUGUGGGUCGAGAUGGAGGAUAAGGGGUACGUUGGUGAACUACACACCGGCGCAUCGCCGCGAAGAUACUGGUGCUAGUGAAGCUAGACCUGACAAGCUGAAGCUCAAGGGACAGAAACAGCCCAAGAAAAGACCAAACCGCAGUAUAGUGAAGGAUGAACCAUGGUCUGAUCAGAACUUCUGGAAGAUGGGAAAUGCGGACACAAGCAAUCGAUCUGGUUCUGGAUCAGCGGUAUCAUAUUCAGAGAGUUGUGCCCCAUAUGGUUCUGUUGAUGCAAGGGAAAUGGCCGGUUCAGCGCAGUCACAUGCUUGGGAUUCACUGGUGCCAUCAAGAAAAAGGAGUUGUGUCACUCGUCCUAAGCCAUCACCGGUGGAAGAGCUUGUAGAAGAGCUCAACUCCAUAUUGCACGAAGAAAAGUUAUACUGCCUUUCAGCAGGAUCCACAGAGGAAGACCUGCUUUAUCAUAAUGAAACUCCCGUUGGCUCCUUUGAGAUCGGUUAUGGAAGUGUGCUUCUUAGGCAUCCGAACUCGAAAUCAGCAGAGGAAGAGUCAGAAGCAAACUCUGUUCCUGCAGAUAGCAAGUCAUACAUUACAAGUGAAUCCUAUUCAGGUUCUGCCUCAUUCAUUGCGCAUAGUGAAAUCAAGGGAGCGAGCAACUCAAAUGCUGCAUCCGAGAAGCUAAAGUGGUCACCAAUGGAGACACAUGACAGUGCUAGGAGGGAUGAGCUUCAUUAUUCAAACCAGCAUAUCCUGGAGAGCGCAGAUUCAGCUUUAGUUUCAGUAGCUUUAGAGGACAAGGAAGUUGGAGGCCUUACCAAGUCCAGCAUGAGGUCUCUCAAAAGACCUUACGAAAGCCAGCCGCAAAGCUUCACAGGUCAGCAGUCUUG